AAAUGGCAAUACACUCGUUCCACCUCCAGAUCCAUGCUGGAUUUAUCUCCACAGUAUAUAAGCAAGGAACAACCCCUGAUGACCAACUGGGCCGGGGCCCGUAUCGGUCAUUUGCCGAUGCCAGGUUUCAGUCCUUCAGCUUUUGACAACACUUAUAGCAUAUCUCAGUGAGCAUGUUUUCACCCUCCCACCAGGGUUCCUUUCAGAAACUUGAGAAGCUGGGUCAGGGGACAUAUGCAACGGUUUACAAAGGACGCAACCGCGAGACGAACGAAUUAGUGGCCUUGAAAGAAAUUAUUCUCGAUGCCGAGGAAGGAGCCCCUUCGACAGCCAUCCGGGAGGUGUCCUUGCUGAGGCGCCUCACGCAUGAGAAUAUCCUGACUUUACACGAUGUGGUGAAUGUAGAAGACAAACUGGUGUUGGUGUUCGAGUAUAUGGACAGGGACCUGAAGCGCUAUAUCGAUUCUCAAGGCAGUCCGCUCGAUACCGCUACCAUCAAGUCCUUCGUCUACCAGCUGCUGAAUGGGGUUUCUUUCUGUCAUGAGAACGGCAUCCUACAUCGGGACCUGAAGCCUGAAAACCUGCUGAUUGAUGGAAAUGGACGGUUGAAGCUUGCAGAUUUUGGACUGGGUCGUGCGUUUGGUAUCCCCAUCAGCACGUUCUCAAUUGAUGUGGUCACACUUUGGUACCGACCCCCGGAUGUGCUGCUGGGAAGUCGCACCUACAACACCAGCAUUGACAUCUGGUCUGUCGGAUGCAUCAUGGCUGAAAUGUAUACGGGAAGUCCCUUAUUUGCGGGAACGACAAACGAAGACCAGCUUCUGAAAAUCUUCCACGUCAUGGGCACACCAACCGAACUCUCCUGGCCCGGAGUCAGUCAGUUACCCGAAUACCGGAAUAACUUUCCAUCCUGCUCUCCACAGAGUCUGCAGAACCUUAUACCAUCUAUAGAUCCUCUGGGAGUUGAUCUGCUGGGACGCAUGUUGCAGUUGCGUCCGGAUGCGCGCAUCAGCGCCACCGAAGCUCUGCAGCACCCCUGGUUCCACGGCCUUCCAUAGGGGGUUCCUCGGCUCAAGGACGAUCUCAGGCCGUCUCCAGCUACGUUCAUUGGCCAUAUAUCUGACAAGCUCGCCGAAGCCGUCAGACUCAGUCUGGAUCUCCCCGCAGCGGUUGUUAUGUGAAUCUGCUGUUUUGAUAAGCAAUCAUCGAUGGCCGUGUCGUAUAUACACUGCAAGAUCAUAGCGAGCCAUGGCCUUCAG